AGCAACAACAACAAAGCUCCAACGAGAACUUCAUACGAUCACCACUCGUCUAGUCUCGCACUAAAUUACCUUCUUAGUCGACCUUUAAUCCAAACCAGCACGGCAGACUUAAGCCUCAUUGUAAUCGCAACGCUUUCAGAUCUUCUCAGUUAUGUAAUUACACCGAGCUAAGCGGAGACUUAUCGGGCGUGUACUUUCUAAGAGUUCGAUGAGGGAUUUUGAACCGAUGAUGAUGGAGCAGGUAGAUAUCUACAUCCAGCAGUUGAUAGUCCUAUCUCGAGGCUCAAAGCCAGUAAAUAUGUCAGAUCGAUGUAAAUAUUUCGGUAUAGAUGUUAUAGGUUACCUGGCAUUUGGUUAUGACCUCAAAGGAGGCCAGACUAUGGUUACCGGCAUGACAGCAUUGUUUUUCUAUCUCGAGGUUAGCCUUGUUGUUGCGAAGACCCUUUAGUAUUUCGACUUUGAGGGUGCAUUUAGCAAGGCCCCACGAUCAGCGUAAUGUGACAAGGGCUCUUAUAGAGGGCUUGGAACUUAGUCAUAUUCAAUAAUAUUCUACUAGGGGUCUCUAGGGCCUUGAUCUCUCUCCUUCUCCUCC